AUGACAAUCAAAUGCCAGAUCUGUAGUGCCCAAGAUUCGAAAUAUAAGUGUCCAAAAUGUGGGGUCCGCUACUGUUCUUUAGCAUGCUUUAAAAACGCCGAAAAGCAUGUACACGAUGAGCAGACAACGGAGUCCAAGGAGGAAUCGAAGACGCUCAGCGAGAAAGUGGAACUGCCAGUGUUGAAAACGGCUGAAUUAGACACGAUUUAUAGGGAAUCUGCGGAAAUUCAGCAGCUGCUCAAGUACAACACAGUUAAAUUUCAUCUUGCGAAAGUUUACCGGAUCUUGGGCGCAAGAAGUGAGACGACAGGGGGAUCUAAGGGUUCGGAUUUGUCGUCUGAGGCCAAACAGCAACUUGCUGUGGACUACCUGAAUGCGCUGAGAUACGGAGGCGUGCAUUUCAACGAGGCAAUCGAAGAGUUUUGUCAAAUAAGUGCAAAGAAACUUGAGUCCGGAAGCUAG